UUUUUUUAAUUGUUUUGCUAGACCAGAAUAAAUAAGAUAAUCCUGGCUGGUUUCGUGGCUGGUUUGUUUGAAGAUGUUUGAGAAGAAUCUAAAUGACCUUGUUCGUGGUUUGCGAAACAAUAAAAGCAGAGAGCCACAAUUUAUUGCAGAAUGUUUGGAUGAGAUAAAAAACGAGCUUCGGCAAGAGAACAUGGCUUUAAAAGCCAUUGCUGUUUUAAAAUUAUCCUAUAUUCAAAUGUUGGGUUAUGACAUUUCAUGGGCUGCAUUUAAUAUCAUUGAAGUGAUGAGUUCACCGAAGUUUACACAUAAGCGAAUAGCAUACAUGGCGGCAUCACAAAGUUUCCACUCUGAGCUUGAUGUACUUAUGUUGGCCACAAAUUUGAUAAAAAAGGACAUGAACAGUCAGAACCAAUAUGAUGCAGGAUCAGCCAUGGUUGGUUUAUCAUGUUUUGUUUCGCCAGACCUUGCUAGGGAUUUGGCCAAUGACAUCAUGAGUAUGAUGGUAUCGUCAAAGCCAUAUAUCAGGAAACGAGCAGUUUUGCUGAUGUAUAAAAUUUUUCUAAACUUUCCAGAGUCUUUAAGACCUGCUUUUCCUCGUUUAAAAGAAAGACUAGAGGAUCCAGAUACAGGUGUACAAUGUGCAGCAGUCAAUGUUAUAUGUGAAUUAGCACGAAAGAAUCCGAAAAAUUAUCUUGCGCUUGCUCCUUUGUUUUUCAAAUUGAUGACCACAUCUUCCAAUAACUGGAUGUUGAUAAAGAUUAUUAAAUUGUUUGGUGCUUUAUGUCCUCUUGAACCUCGACUUGGGAAGAAAUUACUCGAACCACUUACUAGUCUUAUCCACAGUACGUCGGCCAUGUCAUUAUUGUACGAAUGCAUCAAUACAGUUAUUGCAGGUCUUCCUGAUCAUCCACAGUCAAUUCAGUUAUGUGCAUCCAAACUCAGACUAUUGAUUGAGGAUCCUGACCAAAAUUUGAAAUAUCUCGGUUUGCUUUUGCUGAAUAAAAUAUUAAAGUGUCAACCGAAAUUGGUGCUUGGUCAAAAAGAUUUGAUAUUGCGAUGUUUGGAUGACAAAGACGAAUCCAUUCGAUUCCGAGCGCUUGAUUUAAUUGCUGGCAUGAUCACAAAGAAAUCUUUGGUUGAUAUUGUGAAAAAACUGAUGCAACACAUCGAGAAAACAGAAGGUACAACGUAUCGAGACGAACUUGUCUCAAAAAUCAUUCAAGUGUGCAGUCAAUCAAAUUAUCAGUUUAUCACGAAUUUUGAAUGGUAUAUAGAUGUGUUGCUUCAACUGAGCAAUGUGGAAGGUACAAAGCAUGGUAAACUCAUCGGCAAUCAAAUGUUGGAUAUCGCAAUACGUGUCAAAGCAAUUCGAAAAUAUGCUGUUCCAGUUUUUGCGUCAUUGCUAGGAAAGACAUCUUUGUUGACAGGAAAUAGAGAUAAAAACACUUCGUGUGAAGUUUUAUUUGCAGCGGCUUGGGUAGCUGGAGAGUUUGCUGAGCAUAUUUCUGAUAUUCAUGGUGUUAUUGACUGUCUUGUCCAUCCACGUGUGACAUCACUACCCGCUCACAUACAGUGCGUGUACGUACAAGCGAUUGCGAAGAUGUUCUCUCGAGUGCUCACAAAAUCAGAAACAGAGGGAGAAGAUGAAGAAGAGGUUACUAACUUAAGUGAAAAACUGAUUACAUCAUUAACUGUGUUUACUCAAAGUUCAGAUCUUGAAGUUCAAGACAGAUCUUGCUGUGUUCUACAACUUAUUAAACUCGUCAUGAAAAUGAAAAAGGAAGGUGUGAGAUGUGCACAAGAUGUUAGCGCUUUGUUCGCCGAAGAGUUACUUCCAGUCGCACCGACAGCACAGAAGAAAGUGCCUGUACCAGAAGGGCUUGAUCUGGAUAAAUGGAUAAACGAGCCUCCAUCUGAGAGCGAGGAAAGUGAUGAAGAAGACGAAAAACCCUUCUUCACUGAUGAGAAAAACAAUUCAUCUAGUUACCAACAGAGUAGUGAGAAACAUGUUGAACUAGAUGCUGACGAACUAGAAAAGCAAAGAGAAAUACGAAGAAUGUUCCAGGAAAGCAAUCCGCAUUAUUUAAAGAUGGACACUCCAAAGAAAAAGGAUAAUAUUGAUGUUGAUGACAUUCCUGUCAAAGAAUUGGACACGUCUGUUUCGUUGAAACUUGAUUAUGAAUCAACAACAACGAAGAAGAAGGGGAAAAAGAAAGGAAAAAAAGGGAAGAAAGGACGAAAAGAAAGUGAAAGCGAGGAUGAGCCAGGGCCUGCGUACGAAGUUGCACCUGUUGUUGAUUUAGGAGGAGAUGUUACAGUAACUGAACAAAACGACAAUGGUGAUCCUCAUUCUUUGCUUAAUGUUGACCUCGAUACUCCACUUGGUGAUCACGAGAUGAUUCCGGUGCAGCAACAUCGUGUCGUGCAAGAGAAAACAAAAAGUGAGAAACCCAAGAAAAAGAAGAGUAAAAAGGGAAAAGAAGAGAAAGAAACAACUAAAAAGAAACGUUCGAAAUCACGUGGUGAAUCUGUAGAAAAUGUGGAGAAACCAACAACGACAACAAAGAAAGAAAAAACGCACAAGAAAACAAAGAAAAGAAAUAAAGAGAAGGACCAAACCGAAGCAGAGAAGAAAGCCACAUUGCUUGCACAAGCAUCGGAAUAUACAAAAGAAGUCAAAAAAGAUGAUGAUAUGGACUUUUGGCUAUCACCUGCAAAAUCACCAGAGGAAACACCAGAGGAGGAGUCUGCUGCUGCUGAUAUUAAAGAAGUACCUGCGAAAGAACCAAUUAAAACAGAGAAUGAAAAGAAAACAAAAAAGAAAAGCAAAGAAAAAGGUACGAAGGAAAAGAAGAAGAAAACUAAAAAACAACCCGAAGAAGUGCAACCUGUUGAAGACACUCCUCCUGUGGAUGCAAUGAUGUUAGAUAUCGAUGAUGUACAAAAAGCUGAUCCGUGGUCACACUAUGAUAUUCUCUGUGAAGAUAAAAACCUCAAAAUGUUAUACGAAAUUCGACCGGAUCCUAUGCAAAGCAAGCAAGUCGUUGCAUCAAUUAUAUUUAAAAAUUUAACAUCACAUCAUAUACAGAAAUUGGAAUUUAACGUUUUGGAUUCUCUCAGCAUGAAAUUAGUACGACAGAUAGGUGCAUCAUCGCACGAUCCUGUGCUUGUCCCCUUUCAAUUAUUGCCAGAGAUGACAAAUGAGGGGCAAUUUGCUUUUACGGUGGAGAGCUGUGUUAUGUCGCAGCAUUUACGUGGAACUCUUACUUAUAUCGUCAAGGAAUCUGAUGGUAGUACCAGUGAAAAAUUGGAUUUUAAAAUUUUAUUUCCUGUACAUGCAUAUAUCCUUCCGCAGCCAAUCUCAACUCAAGAAUUUACUUCAUUGCUAGCUGGUGGUGAUUUGACGCAAAAACAAUCAUUAAAGAUCCCACUAUCAGAAGAGAGAGAAUUGCAAGACAUUGUGAAAAAUAUAUGCACAAAACUACGUUUAGUUGUGGUUGAACAUAUAGAUCACGGCGCUUCCUUAUAUGGUAUGACUAUCUUGCAACAUCCUGUUUGCUUGCUGGUUAAAAAAAUGAACGAUCCAGCUAUUACAGUAGAUGCGAAAAGUACAGACUUCCAACUGUUGUCUUCAGUGUUGAAAGAACUGAAGGAGAUCGUGGAAUCGUUGUGAAAGGUGAUGACGUCAUCACAAUUUAUUUUUAAUGUGAAAAUUUUAUUUUGCUAAAUUAGUAUCUACUUUGUUAAAUUAUAAUUCUGUGAAUGUUUUGUGGAAAAACGGGGUUUAAUUUAGUUUCGGGUUAAUAUCUUUUUCUCCAGGUUGGCCAUCAAUCAACAAAAAAUAUCUUAAAAUAUUUACAUUUUUUAUAGUGGAUGCUUAUAAAUGCUGAAUGUUGACACGAUUUUUAUUUAAGUUUAAAUAAAUUUUCAAAUCUCGAUACACACAAACACGUGGUCGAAAUGAAAAUUAUUUCUUUCUUGUGCUUACAAAUAUUUUCUGUGUGCUUGCUAACUUGACGACUUUGAUGAUGUUUUUUUUUUUCGAGUUUCAAACGGAAUUAAUGUAAACGAAUAUUUUGGAUUUAAAAUAAACAUUUGUAUACAACUCUUGUCGCCAUUAUUAGAAUACCGCAACAUU